GAAGCAAAAAGCGAGGAACCAAAAAUGCAGCUUGUUCAAGAAGAAGAAAGAGAGAAGGGAAGAGUGUGUUUUUUAGUCUAUUGGAAAUACUUUACAACAGCAUAUGGAGGAGCUCUUGUGCCUCUUAUACUGCUUGCACAAGUUUUAUUUCAUGGCCUUCAAAUCAGAAGCAACUACUGGAUGGCAUUGGCUAGUCUUGUUUUAGAAGAUGAAAAGCCUCUUGUGAGCACCAUGCUUAUAGUCGUAUAUGUUAUUUUGGCCAUUGGAAGUUCUUUUGUGUCCUUGUGAGAUCUAUGCUUCUAGUCACAACCUCUCAUAAGACAGCUACUUUACUCUUUAAUAAAAUGCAUGAAUGCCUUUUUCACGCUCUUAUGUUGUUCUUUGAUGCUACUCCCAGUGGAAGAAUUUUUAACAGAGUUUCUACAGACCAAAGUGUAGUGGAUCUUAAGAUUUCGAAGCAAGUUUCUGCAUUCUCUUUCUCUUGUCCGUAGUACUUCUCUAACAUUACACUAUUGCCCCAGAUGGAAGAAGCUGCUUGGCUCGCAUGGGAGAUAACAAAGCAAGUAACCAUGAUAGCAAGGCAAUGGAGGAAAAAACCAAACAUAAUACCCCUUCAACAGAGUAUAAGAUGCCUCUUGUUUGAAUCGACUUAGAAAUCACUGGUUUGAAUGUUGAAGUUGAUCAGAUACUGGAGAUUCACUUUUAUUUUUUUUAUUUUUACCCGAUCAGAGAUGAAAAUCAAUUUAGCAGAGGAUAAUUGGCCUUCUGUGAUGUUUGCAAUGGCAGGAGGGGUGGUACUAAGCCUUGGAAAUCUCUCAACUCAGUAUGCUUGGGCUUUUGUUGGCUUAUCAGUCAUAGAAGUGAUCACUACAAGCAUAACAGUUGUUAUAGGAACAACCUUGAAUUACUUUUUAGACAAUAGAAUUAAUAGAGCCGAGAUCCUUUUCCCUGGUGUGGCUGCUUCUUGGUUGCAGUUUGCCUUGCUUCUACUGUACACUCAUCUAAUGCAGCUGAUAAUAAAGAAAAUCUUGAAGGUUUUUAAUCUAAAGAAGGAAAUUGGGCUAAACCUUAUAUUAAAGAUGCUAAAGAAGUUUCCAGGUAUAUUGAGAUGAUUUCUUUGGAGCAAUUCUUGACAACAUUUGUAGUUGAGGCCUUUAGAAUAGAAUAAUGUAUUUCACUAAUUUUUGUAUACAUUUUUUAUUUUGUAUUUAGUGAUAAAGGAAUCUGAAAUGGGCAUAAAUUAUGUAGUAAUAUGAUUUCUUAAGCCUAAACUAGUAGACUAAAUAUUGUAAUUACAUUUGAGUAAUUAAUAAAAAUCUAUUUAUGUUA